CUUUAAGUUUCGCUUGUACCUUCAUAAAGAUACGAGAGAGAAUAGGAGAAGGAUCGUUCUUACGGGCACAUAGUUUACGAGUUCGAUCGCAGUACAUAUCCGGUUUCAGCGAGUGUUUAGUGUGAAUUGGUGAAUAUAAGCUUAAAAGUGAGAUAAAGGGAGUGAAAGGAAGGAAAAGAAUCGUAAAAAGAGAGGCAGAAAUUUGACAGACGUUGCUGAACACGGAUAUGAUAAAAUAUCAGUUUUUAAAAUAAAAUGAACGUCAUUUGAGUGCGCAUAUAUAUGCAGAACGUACGAGAUAUUGCUGAUAAAAGCUAAUUUCACGUUUUAUGAACAUAUGUGUACAUGCGCAUGCGCGUUGCGAAGGUACGAAUACGUAGAAUUUUGCUGUCGAACGGUGAUCGUAUUGUGGAAAAUCCGUGUGGAAUAGCGAAAACAAACAACUCGUGUCCGCCAUCUUGUGCCUCUCCAGCUACGUUAAAAAAAGGAACUGAGAGUGUGAGAGAGUGAGGGAGAGAAAGAGAGGAAGGAAGAGAGAGAAAGAGUGAGUGAGUGAGAAUUCCGGGGAACGACGCGUGUGACUUUUAUUUGGCGAAGAAGAAAAAAAGUGUAAGCAGAGGUGACCAACGGUCACCGAAUGUGGUCAAAUUCGCAAAAUACACGAAUAGGGAGGACUGCGAGAGAACUCGAAGUAAGAGAGGCGAGGUAGCAUUGUGCUCAGGAGGUUCGUAGGGUACCCCACCAUUUAUUCCCCCUACCCUUUUGCCCUGGAUCCCGAGAUUAUUGCGCAGUUAGAAAAUUCAUUGAAUAUAAAGACCGCCGAAAACUUGGUUGCAUCUUUAGAAAGUGGCCCGCGGACAUCAUAUGACGGGUUGGUUAACUUUGUGAGUGAUAGAAAGGAGAAAGUAUUAUAAAGAAGCCAUGACGAAUUCGGUACCGAAAUUGAAAAACAAAGUAGACCGGCAGGGUUCGCCGAAUGUCGGUGUGGAACGAUAUCAUCACCGUUCAAGUGCAAUCAAAUCGUCAACAUUUUUCCAUAACAGUGGAAGAUCUCAUGGCAGAAAUUCAACCGGCAGACUAAGCUGCAGCCCACACGGUUUGUCAAAGAGUUCAAGAACUUCGCCGUUGCGAUGUGAGUAUAGUCCGCGCGGCAGUCCAACAAACAGUUUCUAUGCGGGUGCAAAGUUUUCUGAACCGCCAUCUCCUGCGAGCCUUCCGAAACCACCGAGCCAUUGGACUACGAGACUGAUGAGCAGUUGUCAACAAUCCGACAGGAGUUGCGAUAUUUCAAAUCAUCUAAAGAUGAUACUAAACGUCCAAGCCUGAUACCUAAAGACCAAUAAACCGCUAAAAACGGUUAACAGCUCCUAAAAGCAAAGAGACAGGUACGAUAUUAUCGUUCCUCUACUCUUCGAUUUAAGGAUGUAUUUUUUCUCUUGUAUGUGAUGUCAAGCUGUUCGUUUUAAACAUAACAAACAAAAAAACAGAAGUGUUUAUAACUGCGCGAUAACACAAUCUCUUAAGAACGAUACGCCAUUAAUGUUGCAACAAGAAAAACAGGGCACCAGCGUCUUCAGUUUCAUGGUAUCAGAUGCUGAGCGGAUGAAGAAUAAACAAACCAGGAUUCGUUGUUUAAAACUAUACAAAACAUAUAAACAUUGAGUAUGAAAGACGCAGGUGCGUCUGCUGUGAACCAUGAUUUAAGUAUAUGGUAACUUGUAACAAUUCUAUUAUGCGCCGUCUAUGAAGAUAUAAACGUAUGUAUUUUAGAUUAUUAUUAUAUAUGAUUAACUUGCAGAGACGCAUACACAUACACAAAUACACAAACACUAUUAUAUUAUCUGUUUGACGAAAUGGUACGAAGACAUAGGCAAAGCUGCAUUAGCUAUUUUUAGAAACAAUAGCUAUAUACUCUUUAUUUUUCUUUUUUUUUUUUUAAAUCAAAAUUGCUACAUCCUAGCACUGUUGAUUAUUGACAGUAUGUUUUAUUCUUUUUUCAAUUGCAACCCGGAAUUCUUUCCAAAAUAGUUAUUUAAAUCUUUACACAAGAUAUAUGCUAAUUGCUUUUUUUCCCUCAUUGAAAGAUACUUUAUAUUUACAACAUAAGUGGUAAACUUUAAGUAUUAUAUAUAUUCAUCUACUGCUCUUUAGCAUAAACCUAAGUAUCGAUUAAGUGUAUAUCAGACUAAUUAUUAUUCCUAUGUAACUGCUUGCCUCCCAGGUUCAGUUAAGUUGUCAAUAGUUUUGGUAGAAUCCAAUGUUCAAUGAAUCAUAAGGACAUAAUCAAAUUAUCCUUGAAAGAUUUAUCAGAGCAAAAUUUUUUGGUUUCUAUUUAUCUUCUUUUACUAUCGAAGAUAUUCUUACUUGUUUUGCAGCUUUGCAAUAGUUCUGCAAAGCAUUACAUAAGAUUUAAGUGACGUGUUUCCAGCGUGCAGAUGAGAUCCCAUAAUUCAUUAAUAAAAAAAAAUGGGAUUAAAUUGUGUGAAUGAACGAUAGUGAAAAUAAUCUGAUAUAUGCUUGAUGAAUGUUUAUUAACUUUGUUCUCUAUUUUUCAGUAAAUUCGAGAUUAAGCAAUGCUUCUGCUUAAGUUAACAAAAUUUUUAUGAAGGUUUUCUUUAAGUGACAAAUUUAAUUUUUAUCUAAUAUAAAAAGUGUGGUCAGAAGCUUGUCAUAAGAUUUCAUUAUAAAAUGAUUUUAUUUAAAUUUGGAAUUGGAUAUCGUUUAUUAUUUAAUACUGAAAUUAUGAGUUAACAAAAUUUUUUGGUUCAGUUCUAAACAUAUAUAUGUCAAAAGUAAAAUUUUUGCUGAUUUUAUACUGUUAUAAAUGAUUUUUUUCUUUCUAACAUUGCACUCGUUACAUGACAAAGAUAGUAACAGUAAUUUUUAAUUUUUCUUGCAUUUUUCUUUCCUUUUUAUUUUUAUUUUUUUUUCUUUUUUUUUUAUCUAAAAUACGAUCAUAUAUUUAAUCAAGUAGACUGACCAAAUUAUUUGAAGUGGUGUUUUAACUAAUACGUUUUUUUCUUUUUAUCUAAAAGAAGGCACUGUUUUUUCUUUUUUUUUUUCUUUUCUUAAAUUACAUUAGUUUCAUUUUUUCUUUAGUAAUUACUUUCUUUUUUCUUUCAUAAGUUUAAUUUUUAAGGUGAAUUACGAAGAUAGGUUUUGGUAUAUGUACAUGCAGAUCUCAAGGAAAAGCUACUGAGUGUAUCCAUGCGUGUGAAUGUAUAUAUCCUGCGUGAAGGAGUGAGAGAGAAAGAGAGAAAAGAUGGCAAAAAUGUGCAAUUUCGAACUUUCAAUUACUUUCUCCAUCUUCGUAGUCUCGUAAGGCAAAACAAAUUUUUAAUCGUAUCUAUAGCAUCUAACAGCGGUAUGUCUCACGGAAUGAUUGACAGAAAUUCUGAUGUAAAAUCGAGAGGAGUUUCAUUGGUUUUCGAAUUUACCGGUACUCGAUGAACACUAUCUCGAUUCGUUCUCUUUUUCCUUUUUGGGAAUCGUCGCUGUGUGGCGGUUCGCAGAAAGCGAAAGGGAGUUGCAGUCCCGAGAAAAAGGAAGGAAAGAAUUAUAUUAAUCAACAUCCGUCUACAUUCGUCUUACUUUCAUAGGAAUUCGAUUACUUGAUGGGUACAUAUAUCUUUCCAGUUAGAUUAGUUUCUCUUUGAAUUCGUCUCCCUUUCUUAAAAAUCAUAUUUGUUCAAGGUUCUUUGACAGUUUCAAAUUUCCGUUCGUCUGUUUCCAUAGAGAAAAAUAGUUUUUUUAUGAUAGCACAUGUGUGAUAAGAUAAGAGCUUGAAGAUAAACGAUGGUCGUCAUACUUGUUGCUAAAUAGUUUCUGCUCUCGACGGAAGAGGAAUUGUCGCAAUUGGUCAGAUGAAAAAACAAUCUAAAAUACAGAGAUAGGAUCACAUCGAUAGAGAAUCGUUCUUAUCGCAUACAUAGUUUUGUCACUAGCAAUAUACGUAUAAGUUCCAGAUUUUUUAAGUAAAUGGGUUUCUAUCGAGGGUCUUCGCUAAAAGAAAUAUUUCGCCACGUUCGUUUGGUGUUUUUGAUUCGAAGGAGGAAGUACAACGAUUUGUCUUAAACUGCUAGAAGAUUUCAGUAUUUGUCCAGUGGUUAUUAUUUAUUAAUCGGCUUUCAAUUGUAUAUGUAUAAUUAUAUUAGCUGUGGUAUUCGAAAGUUAAUUGUAAAUACGUGCCAGGAUUCGAAUAGAAAAUUUUCAAAUUCGGUACGAGUUUUUUCUUAAGACCUCAUUGGGCGUGAAGUAAAACGAAUUAAGCACUACCGUCCUGUGAGAGAUCGAUGGAAUCGAUUAACUUUGAGCACACGGAGAUUAUCGCACAGACGCGCAUCGUUUGCGAAUCGUGUAAAUAGAUAGAUGAGGGCUCAUAAAGAAGUUGUAAAUUUCAAACAACAUCUGUAAACGUACUGUAAAAAAAAAAAAAAAAAAAAAAAAAAUUGGGAGGGAUUAGUGUACAUACGGCGAAACAGAACGCAGACGGACGAUGUGCAUUAUGUAUAUCUCAUAUACAUAAAGGGUAAAUUAAUCGAAAUAUCUCGGUGAUAACGGCGUUUUGUUCCGUUCCGAUUGAGAGCAAAAGGCUUAGAAAAAGUUUGAAACUUUAAGUAACAGCAAUAUGCGUAAUUACCUGCUCGAGUCUCGGAGAAGUGCAAAAAAUAGUCAGUAUGUGCAAAAGUGAAACAUAAAAAAAAUACAGAAAACGUAAAAAAAAAGUAAACAGUUGAAGGUUGCCAGACUCGGUUCAAGCGAUCUUUGAAGCGAACGAAAUGUAAUGGAAGAAGAAAGGGCGCUAUUGCGUGGUAAAAGUGAGAGAAAAUAUAUGAAAGAGAAAGAAAUGGCGUUCGAGAAAAGAAAGCGACGCCAAAGAAAAAAAGGGCACGAAUUACAAAGUGAAUAAUCAACCAAUCGAUAAUAUUAAUUUAAAAGAUGAUAAGAAAUUAGCUGUGAUGAUGACUCUAUAGGUACUACUAAUUUUUAAUUGGUAAUUGAUCAACAUAUAUAUAUAUACACACACAUACAUAUAUAUAUAUAUUAUAUAUAUAUAUAUAUUAUAUAUUAUAUGUAUAUGAUUAAACGAUAAGGUGGAAUAAUUUAAGGAACGUGCAAGUACGAUGAAUAUAUGAAAACAAGAUAAUUACCGCCUUUUUCGAGAGAGAAAAACGCAAAUGCCGAUACGAGAGAAAUAUGAAACACACAUACACACCGUGUGUGAGUGGUAUAUCAAGUCGGGAGGAUAAGAGAACAUAAAUGGGAGAAGGAACAUGUUUUUCUUUGUCAUAAAAUGCGGGGUUUACCGCGCACUCCGACGUAUUGCUAUUAAUUAUCCAAAAAACUUAGUAAUUAGCGAUGUACGUACGCGCGAUCGUGGAACACAAAUAAGAGUAAAACAAUGCUCGAAAGCAUAAUGCAAAAAGGGAAAUAGAAAAGUAAUGAAAAAUAAAAUGUAGGGUGCAAUGUUUUCGUGACAAGAGCAAAGAAAUUAAUAUUAUUUAGGAACUCUUUCGAGUACGUCCAUCUUGUGUGUCGUAAUCCACCUUCGUGACUUUAAGAUGAGAAUAUAGUUAGUAGUUCUAAUUAUAAGAGCCAACGAGAACUUGGGUCGUUUCGAAAAAUGGGAUCGAGGUCGGGCGGGAAUUUUAUGUUCGAACGCGUUUCCGGUUGAAGAGACGCGAGAACGUAGCUAGAUAUGCUUCUUUCCGUUUGAGGUUUACGCGAAUAUUUUCUACACGAUGAAUUUAAAACGUACAGUUUAAACGAAAAGAAGUUUCAAACGUUUUUUAUUUUUCGUUUUCAAUUCGUUUUCAUUUUUAUGAUAAAUGGUAGAAGUAGGGCAAGAAAUGCUGAUAACGACACGAAUAAUACGAGACGAUCCAUUCUCGACUGGCAUUUAUUGUGAUAUUGUAACGUACAAAAUCGUUCGUCGCGAGUUACACGAAAAAUCGAAGAAUAAUCAAUAAGACAAAAUUAAGAUUCUCGUGAAUGCUUCAUGGAUGUAUCACGUGUUCAUUUUGUAAAACAAGAUGCAAAAGAUACCACUCUUAGUGAAAAUUUUAGGAGUCUGUUUCUUGAGUUAAGUUAUAACUAAUAAUUUUAAUCUUAAAGAUAUUAUAAUUUUGUUAUACUUAUUUGUAAGGAUAAAAUAAUACCUCCAUAUAUAUAUCUAACGAGAUUUGUGCAAAAAUGGAGCUUAAGUUAGAACACUUUGGGUUAAAAGUUUAUCUUUAAUUAUCUUUAUUUUUCCAGGAAUUUUCUAUGAAAUUCGUACUAUUCGAUAUCGUAUUAUUAAGUUACUAAAAAAACUUUUCAAUGAAUAUUCACGAACAAAAGUUUCGUAGGAAGUAGACGAGCGUCAUUCCUUAUAUGUUCACGCGAGUGUGGCAUCAUUGACUCCCCAUAUACAUCGUGAUGCAUCCGUCGACGAACAUCAUGUGACAUACGAAUGCACGUAGAAAAUGGCUACGUGCCCUCGCAUGUCCUGUUUCACUCUAUACACGUGUAUAUCUUUAUACCUUUUGAAUAAUUUCUUUUGCUGGUCUCUUUUGGAAAAAGGAAAGGGUUAACCGUAAUAAUUCUGAUUCUACUUUAAUUUCGCAUAACUUUAAUGUAGAGACACUGAACGUUAUGGGAAGGAAAAAGUAUAAUAAUUAUUGUACAGAAAAAGGAAACGCGUCGAAAUGGUAUAUUUGUUCGUUCCUUUGAUCAGUUCCUUGAAAGAAAUAUUUUUUUGAUUCGUCAUUGUAUCGUACUAGGUGUGUUAUAUCUUUUCUGGAUGUGUAAAUUAGCUUUUGAGCUUCCAUGAAAACCGACGGGAUACCCCGUCUCUUCGAUGUGUUAUUAGAUUCUUUAGUGACGCAUAACGAGGAGAAGCACUCAUCCGGAUUCUUCCGAUCGAAAUUUCGUUUAUUUUUUCUUUUCUUUUUCCAGCUAAAUGGCGAAUUCUUAUGUAAUUCUGGUUGUGGUUUCUUUAGAAGGUUCUUUUACGCGUUCAACAGGUAUAUUUAAAUAUUAUUAAUUCAUUAGGCAAAUAAUUCGUUACUUUUUGAAAAAUGAAUGUUACAUUUUUCUUCUUUUUUCCAUAUUUCUCUUUUUUAAAAAUUAAUUUUUAAUUAGAUUAAUAAAGAUGUGCUCUUUUUCUCUUUUCUUUUUCUUUUCCUUCUUUUUUUUUUAAAUUACAAGUCUAUGUAAUUUUAGGUUAAUGACUUCAGGAAGAACAUAUCAAUCGCUUGCUACUUAUUCUAUUUCCACGGUUCAUGAUUUACUUUGUUCUAUGUAGCUUUAUAAGUAAUUCGUUCCCAUGGGUGUGCGUAUGUUUUUGGUUUGGUUUUGGAAAUUUUAUGUACGUACAUGGAAAGAUCUUUUUCUAUUCAUGUUUUAGAGUUCUCUUCUUUCUUUUUGUCAUGUGUAUCUAAAAAAUUCUCACGUGCGAAAGUGAUGUUAAAGAGCAGACGAAAAAAAUAAAUCGAUACGAAUUUUUGCAUAUCCGUAAUACUUCUCGUUAGGGAAAGAAUACCGGCGAACCAUUCUUAAAAAAGAAAAUUCGUAACUAAAACAAUGAAUCGAGGGGAAAACAUGAGAAUGAACCCGCUUAUCGGAAUAAUUAAAGAAGAAACAUAUAAAAGAAAACAAAAUGGAACCAACGUCUUCGAACGACAACGUCAAACAAUAAGAAAAACGAACGAUGAAGUCGUGUGUCGCGCAUCGAAUCUUUUUAACCUCAAAAGUAUUUUGUCACGAGGUGAGUUCGAAGCGCGACAUCGUUUACCAAUAUACGAUGUAAUAUCGUUUUAAAAAAUUGAUCUUUUAUGCAAGAGAGUGAAAAUCAAUAGCUCAUCGAUUUCAUACGAAGCACUGAUCAUUAUACAGGGACACAAAACACAGCCACACGAAACACUAUGUCGAUUAAUUAAUUAAGCCUUAAAUUUAGAAUUAAGUUGAGAGGUGUGAUGAAAAACCAGAGAUAGGAAGAAAAAAGGGAGAGAGAGGGAGAAAAAUGAAAGAAAGCUCUGUCUUUUUGAAGCGCCAUGAUCAAUGACUAUAUAUUUGAAUCAAUAUAUUUUAAACACAUGCAUGAUUUUAGUCGGUAAAUCAAUUGAUGUUAUUAUUCUGAUUUAAAUCGUCCCUCCUUUUCUCUUUCAUUUCAAUUUCGUACAUAUAUCGUAUUCGGGGAUUGUUCGUGUUUCAUUUACAAUUUUUAAAUCAUUCUCGUUGAAAGAAUCGUCAAAAUUCGAGGCAUGCGCUUUGAUCUCAACCGUUCUUGUGAAAGAAACACUUUCUUUUCGUUUUAUUUCGAUACCAAGGGAAUCUAGUGGUCGUAGAAUCACGUGGAAAUCAUUCGAAAUCAGUCAUUUUCAUUCGCUAUUCGAUAGUAAAGUAAAGGAUUGGUAGGUUAAGUGUCGCUUUGCAUUCGAAUAGAGUUGCAUCGAAUUCGAGGCGACACUCUCUUCGAUGUCACCGAAUGAUAACGAAAGAAAAGAAAGAUCAUAUUAACUGCGUGAUUCUACGACACGUAUUUAUAUAUCGAUCGAAAAAAAAGACAUUUUCGAAGAGCUAGACCAUCGUUAAGGAGAGUACGAUUUUUACCUACGGUAGCAAGGAGAAGUUUCUCGUAAUCUAUCGAUUGUUUACUCGUGUAAAUUCCAUAACGCAUCUCUGACGAGCCUGUCGAUGACAAUAUUUUUUAUCCUUCUUCCUGCUGCUGCUCGUGAAAGUCCAGCCGUACGUCAGCGCGAUGCGUGACUACAAAACAUAUAUAACCUUAUUCAUUCUUUUUUUCUUUUCUCAUAUCUUAUUUUAGAAAACUAGCUCGAAGAAAAUAUAUAAUCGCAAAAAUCACAAGAAUCAUGGUAUAAACGACGCAAAACAAAUAGCAUGAAAUUAUUACGUAUUAUGAUAGAACAAGUAUCCGUAUCGUUCUGAUGUGCGGCUAUACUAUUAAAUAGUAUGGGAAACGGAUUGGUCGCAAUGGCGGCAAGUAAAGGAAAAACGCACUGACUAUUUUAGCGAAUCGAGAUUCGACCAUGUACCUUGAUAUAUACCUUGAGCGUGUUUUCAGAAAGUAUGUGUGCGUCGGUGAUACCGUGAGAAAGAGCGAGAAUGCAAGUGUGUGCGUGUAUGCGAGCGUGCCAAAAGAAAAAUUGUGUGAGUUUAAGAACGUGCGAGACAGAAUAAAUAUAAAAAUAUAUAUAUUAAAUAUAUUAUAUACGAAACAGGAGGGAGAGACUCUCGCUCUUGAAGAAGAAAAGAAACGGACGCGUUUUAUCCUGUGCGUUGUUAAUGCGAACAUCAUUUAUGGUUAUAAUCGUUUAAACGAUUUGUAAAACGAAUAGUUCAAACGAAGAGAAGAAACGACAAAACAGUCACAUAAAAGGAAUUUACCUGGAAGAACGCGUCCGUUUAACUUCUCUCGAUUUCUCGCACGUGCAGAGCGGUUCGUGCGUCAUUGUGCGGUCGAUACUAAGGAGAAAGCAAAGCUACACACACAUAUUAGCAUAUAACCGUGUGUGUGUAGUUUGAAGAAAGAAGCAUUUAGAAAGAUAAUCAUGCCAUCGCCCGCACGUGCGCGACAAUAAUUUUUCCUACGUAUAGCCGGUGUGCGAAGUAACUUUAGUUUUUUUCUUCUCCUUUUUUUUUCAAAGCUCAACAAAGGGAGCAACGUUUGCGCGGUAAUUUCUGAAAUUCUGCAAGAUAAUUCCCUGCAUAGCAAGUAAAAUUGUAUGCUACUUGUAUAGAUACGUUUCGAAUCUAGUCAAUUGCUAAAUUAACGGGACUACUAGAUGUCCAUUCCAUGUUUGAUCGGCGGCCAUCUUGAGCCGGAGACCUAGUUUCCAUGCUACUCAGAUCACCAACGUAACUACCAGUAAAUUUUAACUGCAAGAGUAGAUCAACUCUAUGUAUUAUAAUCUGAUGUUGUUUAAUCGAUUGACUGCCUUUUUCUGUUUUAAUGAAUUUUACAGCUGUACUUAUGAUCAGUAUUGUUUUAGUUUAUUAUAAAAAUUUAAGUAAUUUGAUGUAGUGACAGCUGCUCUUAUAGCUGAGUUACCGUUAUGCAAAUUAUGCAGCAGUCUCUCUAUCAUCUUUUGAAUGAAAUUUACAAGCGAUCUAAAUUUUUGAAGGAGGAUUUUGAUUUUUUCCUUUUUUUCCAAGAUUUUCCAAGAUUUUGGGAACUAGUAUUUCGGAUCGCAAAAGAAAUUGCUUAGAAGCUAUAUAAGAAUAAAGAAGGUCUAACGAAAAUGAUCGUUCUCUAUCGCGCAGAUGUUUCUCCUUCGUUUAAGAGUUGCGUCCUACAAACCAUGUGGCAUUUCUUCUUCGAAUGAUUACUCUUACCUUCUUUUUUUCUUUUUUUUGUCCUUUCGUAAGCUUACAAUUUUACAACCGAGCAUCGCUGUACAGAGCAUUGUUCUACGAAACUCUGGUCUGCUUUAAACCGAAUGAAAAUGUAGAAGUAUUUAAAAAAAAAAAGCUAAAACGAACGAGGUAGACUUGUACGGUGCACCAAAGGGCACUAUCCAUUCGAGGAAGCUUGUACUUAAGGAACGACAAGUCUUUGUUCAUUCGCGUUCACGAGAAAUCUAAAAUUUUCUCGUGUUACCUUUUUUCGAAUUCAUCUUCUUGAUAACAGCAUUAAAAAAUAUAUUUUGAAUCUAGAAAGAAAAAGAGCGACAAGCAUAAAAAAGAAAAGAAGCGAAAAAUCGAUGAACUAUAUCGAUUAUCAACCUGUCGUCUUCGAGAGUAUAAGCUUCGCGAGUCCGGUAAGAUUAUACAAAAAACAAAAAAAACACAGAAGAUCAGAACUUUUGUUCUGUCGUUCCCCAACGAAAUAGUGGCGACGAGAUUAUCGUUAGACAGUAAAUUAUAUAGGUAUAAGUAAACUUUACCGAGUCGCGAUUUCUGCGAUACAAGACGAUAAGAUUAAACGAAGUUAAGAAAUAAAAGAUGGAUGAGAGUCGUAUGAACGAUGCAGGGAUAGAAACGACGUAAGAUAACGAUGUAUAAAGCGAUAAAGUGAUGGAAUUUCCCAUUCGUGUCUCUUUAAUAAAACUCCGUCGUGGACGCGAUGCAAUUUGCUGUCAAGUUUUAGGGUACAUAAGAAAAUAGAGGUUAUAUAAUAUAUAUAUAUAUAUCUAUUAUUGUACGUAAAACACGCAGAAGCAGUACGUUUAAGAUUCGAAUCGUGCGCAUACAUAAGAAACACUGUAUUAUAAAAAUAUUGUAAUAAGAAUGACCGUUUCGCGAAUAACAAGUUUUUUUUGGAGGAGGACUGAUUGAUGAAAAAGAAAAGCGGAUCUAGGCGAAAAAAAGGGAAAAAAGAUAAGAUCCGUAAGCAAUUGUAUAUAAAUGCGUGAAGCGAAAUUCGAUCGUGCGAGCCAUGGCGAGCGCGUGAAAGAGAAUAUUUUGUUAUGUAAAAAAAAAAAAAAAAAAACGACUGAGAUGAAACAGAAGAGAGGUUCAUUUUUGGGAUACAAUAUGGCUGCAGCAUAUUUUCGAACGCACGUUUCGAGUUAUCGUCUGAUCGAUAUACAUAUGAAUCUUUUUUGCGGCCUCAAGCUUGUAGAGAAGAAUAAAGCCAUGAAGACGAAGAAGGAGAAGAAGAAGAAUGGUAGGAAAGAAGAAUGGUGGCAACAAGAAGCAAAAUGAAUGGCGUCGUUACGCGCAGGAACGAGAUUUCUUUAUCAUUCCAACAGAUGGAUUUAUAACUUGGUCACUUUCAUAUUUAAAAAGUAAGAAGAAUCAUAAAGAAAAGUACAUUCCGGUUCACAAUAAAUCGCCGAUUUUUCUCAAAAUGGCGUGUACGAUUUACCAACAAAUUAUUCGCACCAUGGUAUAUAUUAUACCAAAGAGGAGAGAGAAUCUCGACUGGACGCAACUCCUGUCGAAUUUUUAUUUCUUCGAACAAAUGAAAGUAGAAGAUGAAGAUCGAGAGAGGACCAAGAAGAAGAAACAAGGAAGAAAUAAAAUCGAGGCAAGGGGAUAACGGGAAACUUAACGAUUGCGCGAUCAACCAGAAUAGAUAAGGAUUAUCGAUUGGCCACCUUUCGACGCGCAUCCCGUUGUUUCCUUGGCGAAACAAUCGUCUCGUGUUUGCGCGUCCGACGUGAAAACCAGGACUGUUAUUUGUAAUGAAGAAACAGAAGAAGAAGAAGAAGAAAUCAGGAUAUUACGUACACGAGAGGCAGGUUCUCGUGCGGGUAAGAAGAAGACUCGAAAUUUUUUCGAUGAUAUAAUAAAAUAAUUAAUAAUCGUCCACUACGAGGUUCGACAAAGGAACUAUUAUUUUUUGCCGUUUUUUCUCCUACCAGAGAAAGAAACAUCUCGAGGUUUCAUUGCUAGAGCGAUGGACCAGCUACGACACAGCGAGAUGAUUAUUGUGAACGGCGAUGAUGAUAAUAUAAUGAUGAUCCUCCAGGAAAGCUAAGAGAAACUGAAAUAGAUAGCCAGUAAAUACUUGGAGAACAAUAUGGCGAAGGAAUAUGUAUCCGAGUCGUACCUAAAGCGUAAUCAUUUAUAUAUCGUAGUUUUGGUACUGUUAUUCGAAUACGUAUACACGCGUUUUUUUUCGAAGAAAGUGUAGUAGACGCGUGACCAAUGGAAGAGGAGGAGGAGGAGGAAGUACGAAGAAGAUAUAAAAGGAAAAGGUUGUCGACGAUAAUAAAAUGAUAGAGAGAAGAAGAAGAAGGAGUGUAGGUAGCAGCAUUAUGAAAUGGAAGAUUAAUCACGAGUAAAAGGGGAACUAUAAUAAUGUCUUUCAAGAUUGAUUAUUAUUGAUGAAGAAGAAGCGAGAAAGUGGAUUUGAACGAGAUUGGAGCGAAUGUAAGAGGAUUUCUAAAAAAACCAUCAGAAAAAAUGUCUUUUUGAGAACAAAAAGCGCCAAAAAAAUCAGUGUAUACAACCAGUGAAGAGUAUGCGUGAGAAACAGUGCGAGUGGAAAGAAUGAUUGAAGAUAAAAGUAAGGAAGUAUCAAUGCAAGGCAAGUUUACAGAAGAGAGUAAUGAAUGCAGAUGAUAUCAAGAGACAAAGCAAAAUGUACACGUAGAAUUGAAGGUGUUGGUGUGCAAUAGUCGUCGAGGAAGGUCAAGACCAAGCCGAGAAGACUUAAAAAUAGAAGAAGGAAAAGAAAAAGAUUCUUGAAUCCUCUUCCGUCUAGAGACAAGGAUUUGAUGUGAGGAUCUUUUUUGUAGAAAGUUUUCAAGCAGUAAUUUCUGAGGAGAUUCGUGCGAUAAAAGUCAGAAUUGACUUUAUUUGAAAAGUAUUUCAAUACAGCACAAAUACAGGCACACACACUACACACACAGAAGCAUACAUACAUAUACAUGCAUAUAGUUCAUUCUUAUACACACAUAUGUACAUAAGAAGAAAAUGAAAGAAGCAGAACUAAGGGUUUAAGGUCAGAAAAAAUGCGCGCUUAUGUGAGUCACGUGUAUAAAAUUCAAAUUGAAUGAACACUGGACGCACAUUUAUUACUACCACCGCUACUAUCUGUAUAUCACGCGGUAUAUGUUAACGAGAGUAAACGCAAAAGUGCGAGAACCUUCGAGAGAAUGAAUGUGAAGAUACAUUGAAAUGAACGAGGAAAGAAGCUGAUAAGUGACGGAACGCCUGAAAAUUUUCUCAGUAAUCGAAAACCUAUAUACUGUUUUACCAGACUUCGGAAGACGAAUAUACACAUACACACGUGUAUACAAGAACAUACCACAAAUUGAAGCUCCUUUGAUCUUCAUCUAUCGUAUGAAUGGAUCUGCUCCUUCGAAAAAAAAAAAAUCAGAAGAACAAAAAUAGAGCAACAAGAGAAAAUUUUUAACGUUUCCUGGUAUCGUAGACAAUCCUGUCUUUUUUUCUACCUAUUCUUUCCUUUUCUAUUUUUCCCCUUAAUUUCUUUCGCUUUCAUCGUCCUUACCUUUUGAUAAUGACGAAGAACUACUGGCCGAAAGUGUAUACAGCAAAGAAGUGCUCAGCUUUGUUCUCCAAUACUCUUCGACGAUAAUAUUACUAAUCCCGUUUCUACCUUAUACUAUACUUUACACACAUUGCGCAUAUCCCGUCCACAUUUCCUCUUUAUUAUACUUUUUUUCUUUAGGGCCCUUUUCAGGGCCCGCAAA